GACGGGAAGAUGGCGGCGCACACGCUGGGAGCUCGGCCUCGGACCGGCGAUGUGCUGCAAGGACCCGGGGAAGCUCCGGACUUCAACUCGCUGCUCCUAUCUCGGCCCGUGCUGGAGGGACUGGAGGCCGCGGGGUUUAGCAGGCCGUCCCCGAUCCAGAGCAAGGCCAUACCGCUAGGGAGGUGCGGCCUAGAUUUAAUUGUACAAGCCAAGUCUGGGACAGGAAAAACAUGCGUGUUCUCUACAGUUGCACUAGAUUCUUUGAUCCUAGAAAACUUAACAACUCAGAUAUUGGUGUUGGCACCCACGAGAGAAAUUGCAGUUCAGAUCCACGCAGUGAUAACUUCUAUUGGAAGUCGCAUGGAAGGUCUUCAAUGCCAUGUCUUUAUAGGGGGUACUCCACUGCCACUGGAUAAAACAAGGCUCAAGAAGUGCCACAUUGCAGUUGGCUCUCCUGGCCGAAUAAAGCAGUUAAUAGAAAUUGGUUAUCUUAACACAGCCAGCAUCCGCCUUUUCAUUCUUGAUGAAGCUGAUAAGCUUUUGGAAGAAGGGAGCUUCCAGGAUCAAAUUAACUGGAUAUAUUCUUCUCUUCCUGCCAACAAGCAAAUGCUGGCUGUUUCAGCUACUUACCCUGAAUCCUUGGCAAAAGCACUUACAAGAUACAUGAGGGAGCCAACAUUUGUCAGGUUGAAUGUGUCGGACCCCAGUCUGCUUGGCCUGAAGCAGUAUUACAAAGUGGUUAAUUCAAACCCCCUGCCUCAUAAAAUAUUUGAAGAAAAGGUGCAGCAUUUGCAAGAGUUGUUCAGCAGAGUUCCUUUCAAUCAAGCUUUGGUGUUUUCCAACUUUCACAGCAGGGCUCAACACUUGGCUGAUAUUCUGACUUCUAAAGGCUUUCCUUCUGUUUGUAUCUCUGGUAGUAUGAAUCAAAACCAGAGACUGGAUGCUAUGUCCAAACUAAAGCAGUUUCAUUGCCGUGUCCUAAUUUCAACCGAUCUUACUUCACGUGGGAUUGAUGCAGAGAAAGUAAACUUGGUUAUUAAUCUGGAUGUACCACAAGACUGGGAGACCUACAUGCACCGCAUUGGACGAGCUGGUCGUUAUGGUACCUAUGGUUUGUCUGUCACUUACUGCUGUCGAGGAGAAGAAGAGAAUUUAAUGCUGGCUAUUGCUCAGAAAUGCAAUCUUCACCUCCUCACUUUACCUGAUCCUAUUCCAGAAGGUUUAAUGGAAGAAACCUGUAACUGGGAUGUUGAGGUCACUGCUGUAAAAUCCUUGUCUGAAGAAUUUGCUUCUAAAACCCAAGAGAUUGACAUUGUCAAGUCUUCAGUACUGAGCAGCAGUUCUUUCCUAGAAAUCCAGGCAGAGAAAAACCCCAUCAAAGUGACACAGCCAAAAGUAAAAAAAGUGACCAAAAAAAGGUCUACAGAAAAAGGAAGCCCACCUGGAUGGAAAAAAGUUGAUCCUGUUAAUCUCCCUAAGGAACCAGACAACACUGACAAAAUAAAGAGACCAUCAGAAAAGGUUGAAGACAAAAUAAAGAGACCAUCAGAAAAGGUUGAAGACAAAAUAAAGAGACCAUCAGAAAAGGUUGAAGACAAAAUAAAGAGACCAUCAGAAAAGGUUGAAGACAAAAUAAAGAGACCAUCAGAAAAGGUUGAAGACAAAAUAAAGAGACCAUCAGAAAAGGUUGAAGACAAAAUAAAGAGACCAACAGAAAAGGUUGAAAACAAAACACAUCCAGAACAAUCGCAGUACUCUUUUCCCAAAAUUCCCAGCUUGGCUUCAUUCAAACGUCCUGUUGUUUGCACUUCUUCAUUUGCUGAGUUGGUUGAAGACUAUGAGCAAUUUAUUAAGGAAGGCCUUGAAAAACAUGUGGAAAUCAUCCGAAUUUAUACAGGCCCUGGUGACUCACAUGAUAAUCACAUUUUGGAAGACCCAGGAAAAGAAAUUGACCAUGAAGCAAAGAUGGAAGAAACCAUAAAUAUGACAGAAAAAUCUAACCUAAGUGAAAAUUCUUACAGUGAAAGUGAAGAUGACAGCUUUUCAAUUUCUUCAUCUGAGAGUGAAGAAAGCAGUCUAGAUUUAGAUCAAACACACAAGCAGGAGAGAUCCUCAGACCCAGAUGUCUCUUCUAGAAGUGUAGUGCACACUGCUGUGUGUAACUCAAACACAAGUCUGUCAUCGGCAUCAGUGGAUCCGAUCGAGGAGGCAAGCUUGGUUGAAACGCAACUAGAAGAGGAGGUCGUUGUCGGCAAAUCUAGAAAGUCAAAGAAAAGAAAUAGACAAGCAGCCCACCUGUCCAGAAGAGAACUCUGCCAAGAUGGGCGAGAUGAUCUAUACAAGUUAGAUUACAGGAAUCCUAAUGGCUUCCCUUAUGGCAAUAUGAGCUAUGCUGACUACUGGCGUUCUUAUUACCAAGCCUGGCAGACAUACCACUCUGCCCUAUCCAGUUCUUACUAUCGCAAUGUCUACAAGCGGUCUAACUGGAUGUCUGCAUAUCACAUGCACUCCGUGUACCUCCAUGAGAUGCUAAAACCAUAACGUGCCCUUUUCCUCUACAUGAGCAAGCAUACAUUUCUAUUUGAGGAAAUAUAUUUUCCAUUGCCUUAAAUACCCCUUACUAUAUACUAUCCAUAUGCCAGUAUCAUGAAAUAUUCUGAUAUUUCAUGUGCUUACAGGAAAACAAAAAUAUCUGGAAUAAACCAUUCCAAUUUUGGGAUGUGUUUCAGUUCCCCUAACCUGUUCUAACAAAAAAAAAAUGUUCAAAAAAUUGAUCUCUUAUUUUUCUAUAGUAAAAUGGCUGAGUGAGGUGAGAAGAAGCUGUCCAUAACUGGAAAUGUGUGGAUAUACUCCGCAUUAUUUUAAUAUGUUGCAUGAUGAUUUUAUAAAACCUAAUUUAGUCCGACAAUGCAUAAUAACUUUGUAGAACAAUUAUUUGACUUCCGUGGACUAUUUCAGUGUAGUGCUAUGAUUUAAGGCAUUCCCCAUAAACUGCACAGAUUUACAUCGAUAUGUUCGCAACACUGAAAUCUUAAUUUCCAAAAUGUUUACAUGAAAGUAAUGUACAUUUUCAAAUACAGCAAAAAUGCUUUGUGAAUAUAUAUUGUAUACUGCUGUUCAGUGAAAUAAAUUAGAAUUAUUAGGCAAAACCACAUAUGCAGAAAUAAAAAAAAAAAACAUAACUGUAACUGUGUUAAGCAUGCUCCUCCGGUAUUAAGUUUCAAGCUGACAGUAUCCAGUUUUUGUCUUUUAAUGCAGUUGGAAGGAGGACUUUUCCUGUCUUGUACAUCUAUAAUGUUGAUUACAUGUAAUACAGGGUAGAUUUCAUUUUGACACAUAUUAAGGCUCUAAACAUUGUAAUGA